AACAACGAACAACAUCAACAAUGGUAAUAAUAAUAAUAACCACAACGAGGCUACAACAACAAGGGAAACAAACAAGGGGGAAAAAUGGCCUCCAGGAGCAGUGGAUUCAUGAUGCAGGCACCGAGCCCAGCAAUAACCCUGGAGCGAAAAAAAAAAAAAUUAACCGACCCCAAAUGGAGCUGAAGAAGCUCUUCAAGUGCCAUCACCCGCGGAUGUUGAACCGAGAGCAAAGGCUGAAGCACCUGUUGGUCAGAGCUGUGAUGGACGCAGGCCUGACCACUGGCCACCAUCACAAAAAGCGGGCGUCCAGUGCACGUGCCAACAUCACACUGUCAGGAAAGAAGCGCAGAAAACUCCUCCAGCAGAUACGUCUUUCCCACAAAGAAAAAACUUCCAUGGAAGUGGAACCUCCUCUAAAGCCAGGCAGGACAAAUGAAUCACAGCCCAAAAGGCAAAAGAAGACAAAAGUCCCCCACUCCAACCCCCCAGGACAUAGACAUGGAAGACCUUAAAGAUAAGAGUUAGGAGUCUCAUCAUCCUUUAUAUCAGAAGCAUCUCGACUGAAACCAGGAGGACCAGCGACUGUUUCAGAGGAGACCGGAGAAAGCAUUUUUUUUUCUCUUUCAAAGAUCCCUCUUCCACAAUGGUCUACUCACUGAGACACAAAAGGAGACUGCUUAGCAGUCAACU